AUGGAGACAGCUGAGACAAGAGACAGCAGCAGAGAUUCUGCAUGCACCACCCUCUCCUCUCCUUGGCCUCUCGUCAGCAGCACAAGUGCUGCGCGCAUCUCUCUGCAGCAGCAGCAGCAGCAGCAGCAACAGCAGCACAUCAGUUGCAGCAGCUGCAUCAUUGUGAGCAGCACGCGCAUCCGAAGCAGCAGCAGCACCACCACCACCACCAGCAUCAAAAUCACCAGCAACAGCAGCAACAGCAACAGCAGCAGCAGCAGCAGCAGCAGCAGCAGCAGCAGCAACAGCGGCAGCAGCAGCAAAGCUGACCUGAGGCAAGGCUUGAGCUGCUCCUCCACGAGACGCAGCAGCGCUGCUGCACAGGCCCUAUCAACUGUUUGCGUGUCUCUCUCUCCCCGUCUGCUGCUGAGAGCAGCACUGACAAGGAGAGAGGCCUCGCUGCCGCGUGAAGAGAGGGGCUGCUGCGCCUCCAUGCUGCUGCAGCUCCUAGCAGCAGCAGCAGCAGCAGCAGUAGCAGCAGCAGCAGGUUCUGUGCUGCAGCCAUCAAGGCCUCCCGAAAGAGACCCCACAUUGGAAGAGGGCUCAGUAAGCAAGCAGCUGCUGACAGCAGCAGUGCUGCAGCAGCAAGUGUCUCCUCGAGGUGUGCUGCAGGUGCAGCCUGAGCGCUGCAGCACGGGGGCUUCUAUUGAGCGUGCAGCAGCAGCAGCAGCAGCAGCAGCACCUUCUGCAGCAGCAGCUGCUGCUGCUGCUGCUGAAUGCCGCUUUGUUGCUGACGGGGGAUGGCGCAUCGAGUUGUACGCCAGGCGCUGCAACGGAGACGCACGAAUAAGGUGCCUGCUCACAGCAGCAGCAGCAGCAGCAGCAGCAACAGCAGCAGCAGCAGCAACAGCAGCAGCAGCAGCAACAGCAGCAGCAGCAGUGGCGAUUGGCUACUGUGCCGUGUCCAGGACAACGGCGGCCGCAGUUGGAAGUCUUCGUCCCCCUCUGCAGCAGCAGCAGCAGCAGCAACAACAGCAACAGCGACAGCGACAGCAGCAGCAAGAGCAGCAGCAGCAGCAGCAACAAGAACAGCAGCAGCAGCAAACGGUAGAAGGCGCCUUCAAGAAGCAGCAGGCUGUAUACUCGCUUCUUUGA